ACCAGCAAAAGUGAACACUGCGAGUGCACCGCUUUCCAUUGGCUGGAGACAAGCGGCGGACACAGCUGAUUGGCCGCGCCAUCGAUAUAAGCAAGGGUAUGCCGUAACAUCGGCUCAGUAGUGUUGUUAUUCACCCACUGUCAACUUGGAGAAUAGUAUGUACAAAGAACUCGACAACAGGGAAGUGAAGCACGAUUGCCCGAGGUCAGAGGGGCUGCACGCGUAUCCGGACCACUUCAGGGAAUUUGAGCCGAAGAAUUUUUAACUCGCGCAAAAUAAGGAGGAGAGAGCGAAGGAAUACAUAUUAAUGGGAAUCUGAAGGGCUGGUCCUGCUGAAGGACUUGUAAAUAGUGUAAAUAAAAUUUAACCUAAUUUUUAACUAACCAUCGAGGUGGAUCAACGUUGAAGACGUCGACCUUAUCACUCCGACUUCUCUGUACGUGGUACAAUUCGAAAGAAAGGAAUCGCUACCAAGAGCAAUACCGAUCACAACGAUCCAAUCCCACCAGUAACAUACAGUGACAAACGUUUGUAAUAAAUACGAAGAAUAUGAAACCAGACGCACACAACGAUAAUAUGUCCCUGGGCACGAAAUUACUCACGGCAGGAACCGCAGCCUGCAUCGCGGACUUGGCAACUUUUCCACUGGACACGACGAAAGUCAGGAUGCAGAUCGCAGGAGAAGGACGAGCCUUGUUGUUGGCAUCGACCGAGGGAUCCGUCCUUGCCGUCAGAGCCGCACAGCCAGGAUUGUUGCAGACGAUGGGUAACAUCGUAAGAACCGAAGGAGCAAGGAGCCUGUACGGAGGUCUGUCCGCCGGUCUACAGCGACAGAUGUGUUUUGCAAGUGUUCGAUUGGGCCUCUACGACACCGUCAAGUCUUUCUACGCUGGAAUCAUCGACGGUAAGAAAGCUGGACGAAGCGAUUCUCUAAACAUAGGGACUCGCGUCGCAGCUGGCAUCACCACUGGAGCACUGGCGGUACUUUUUGCACAGCCAACCGACGUGGUCAAGGUUCGACUUCAAGCCGGAAAUCUGGGAAUGAAUUCCGGGCAAGUUCGAUACACGUCGACGCUGCAAGCCUACAGGAACAUCGCUCUGAAAGAAGGAACAAGAGGCCUGUGGAAAGGAACACUUCCGAACAUGUCACGGAACGCCAUCGUGAACGUCGCCGAGAUCGUAUGCUACGACGUGAUCAAGGACGUGAUCAUACACUCCGGGAUGCUCAGAGACGGGAUACCGUGUCAUUUGACCGCGGCCAUGGCAGCUGGUCUCUGCACCACCUUGGCAGCGAGCCCCGUGGACGUCGUCAAAACCCGGUAUAUGAACAGCGCUCCUGGUGAAUACACGGGAGCCCUCGACGCAGCGGUUCGAAUGUUCACGCAGGAGGGUCCCAUGGCUUUCUACAAGGGUUUCGUACCGAGUUUCGCUCGUCUCGUGUCGUGGAACAUCGUUCUCUGGGUCACGUACGAGCAGAUCAAAAUCAAAGUCAAUAAUGUACGGGAUAGCGUUUGAAAUGAAUACACAGGGAACAUUGGCGUUUUUUUUUUCAAUCUAUUCUCUGUUCAAGGAUGUAGGAAUUCAUCUCGGCAACUUACCUCCUUUCAAACAUCACGUAUACUUUACGAUCAGUUUGAUAAUAACUGGGAGAAAUGUACCUAUAUUGUACAUAAAUAUGGUUAUCAGUACGUAGGGGGCCAUGAUGUAAAAGUAAUCGCUCGACAAAUACUCAAUUAUAGUUUAGUUUAAUCCACCGAUUAUAAGAAAAGAUCCUCAAGACUUAUUUUUUCCCAGACUUCAACAACGUUGAAACACAACGACCCGUGGCUUCUAUCAAUUGUAAUUAUCGAUGUAUUAUUUGAAGUUAUCCUGAUGUACAAAGUCGCAUGUAUUG